CUCAGGCUGCAGGCAGUCAGUGGAUGUGUGACCGUGUUGGAAGAAGGACCUGUUCUAGCGGCGCUCCCGUCCAGUGAUUAGAUACUUUGCUCACAAUUGAUGCAUCCAAAUUCAGUAACCGGAAAACCCGCUUUGAUUUGUCGUUAGCUUGUAGCGUAUACCGAACUACAGGUACUGGAGUUUGUUUGAUAUACAGUGUAUUUUUUUCUAUGGCAACUUUUCAUCUUGAGUGAAAAAAAAGACUGAUCUGUGAUUGUUGACACUUAUUUUGUUAAAAAGACCAUUGUGAAUUGUGGUGAUAGGCAAAUGGGCUUUUCUCUCCGGUGUUCUCAUGCAAAGUGAAAUAUUUAAUUAUUGUGAAACUGGAUCUACUCUGAAAGAGGAACACCAGCAUGUUCGGUUGACAGCUUGACCCCGCCCUUUAGAAGCAAGUGGUGGGGGUUAGACACUUCUACGUGUGCAAUAAGGUUCCUUUGGGAGGCGGAGGAGGAGGUCUGACCUCCUGAAGUUCUGAGUAAUCAGUCGAAGGAGAAGAAGUAGAAGAAGAGCAGCAGGUCAUUUGCUCGUGCCCACUCACCCUCAAGACACGCCACAUUGUCUUCGUCUUCGGGAAUCCGAAAGCGAGACGCUUCGUCCAGAGUGGUCGUUCUUCUUCGUCAUUGGUUUGGAAGACUUUUUGUUUUUGUUUUUCUCUUCCGAGGCUUUUCUUUUCCAUCAAAGUGCAGGUGGUGCCGACUUCGCGUUACGCCUCCCCUUCCCCCCUCCAUCCCUCAAAUCCCUCCCCUUCCCCCUGUUCCUUCCCAGCCGUUCCACUGAGCCAUGGAAGAAUGGAACGAUGGCGUACCAAGAGCUCUCCGAGGUUCCUCCUCCCUCUGCCGUUCUAGUGCCACAUCCUCCGCCGCCAUCUCCUCCCACUACCGCCGCUGCUUUCCUUCGCCGCUUGUUAACACCGAAACAACAGUGUCACUUAUGACAUCCUGUCGGGCGAGGUGCGAGGAAGAAGGAGAGGAACCGAAAAGUAGCAGCACUUGCAGGAGUAGGAGGUGGAGGAGGAGGAAGGGAGUGUUGGAUGUGACCGACCAAAUCAUGGAAACCAGCAGUGCCUGUCAAGGGCGGCUUGUCUCUCUUAGUGACAAUACGAUUAUUAGUGAAAACGACGGCGGUGAUGACCGUGAUGGCAGAACUACCGUAGUGGGUCGUUCCAGUGACAUUGUGGACAGUGGUAAGCCGUCAUUCGUGUUUGCAAAUGCUGUGCCUUUAGUCGGGGAGUCCCUAACCCAAAAUAUCUCGUACCGUGCCACCGAAUCCCGAGCAGUCGGGUCCUGCGCAUACCCACCUGUAUCAACUAGUUCCUUCCUCCAUACAUCCAGCAAAAUGUGGAGGACCCUCUGGAAUGCUAAACACGUCCUGCUAGUCUCCUGUUUGUGUAUUCUGCUGGCGAGUCCCUCCGCUUCUGCUCAGGACUCGAGGUGUUUUUUAUCCCAAGGAGGAUCCGUGGAGAAUUUCUUCGUUAAAGAAAGUCUACCAGUUGGCAGCGUCAUAGGGACGUUAAGACUGGAGGGCGACGCCAGUGAAAGCGGCGACAUUUAUCUUAGAUUAAAAGAGCGCAACUCUCCCGUCCAGAUCUCGGCCCAUUCCAAAAACCUCACGCUUACGAAAAAGUUGGAUAAGGAGGGUAAAGACGGUGAAGCUCACGUCAUAGUCAACGUCAUCUGUGAUAGAAGAGGCACCACCGACCCGAGUUUCACCAUUCCUGUCAACAUCCGUGUAACUGACGACAACGACAAUGCUCCAGUCUUCGUCAACGCUCCUUACUACGUCAAUGUCUCAGAGGUGACUGUUGUUGGGACCGUGAUAUUAGGAGACAUCCAGGCCGUCGACGACGAUCAACCAGGCCCGUUUUCGACAGUUCAGUAUUCUAUUCUACCAGGACCUCACUCCGAUACUUUUGCUUUUGAAUCUCCACUACGCGGUUCAUUGGUUCUCAAGAAACCUCUGGAUUACGAAAGAAAUCCCAUUUUCAACCUCACCAUCCUUGCCCAAGAUCAAGGCGCAGUGUCCAAGAGCAGUAGCACAGUCCUGACUGUCCAGGUGCAGGACGCUGACGACCAGAAUCCAGCAUUCGCCCGAGACCAUUACAUGGCCGUGCUUCCCGAAGACCCUCGAAAGGGGACGAAAGUGGAAGUGCAGCCGGAGACUGUUCGGGCCGCCGAUCGUGAUGAGGGUAUUAUGGCCCCAGUUAUUUACUCGUUCAGUAGAGAUGAAGCGGAAGCAUCGUGGUUCCAUAUAGAUCCCAAAACCGGGGAGAUCACGAUAGCCAAGGACCUCCCAGAUGACAAGUUAACUCAGCCCACUACGCUUGUAGUCAGGGCAACUCAAGUUGACAAUCCUGAUCGAUACGCUUUAACAACUGUGACCCUGUCAAGGAGAGGAUAUCAUUCGACACAGCUUCAGUUUGUGCAGAGAGAUUACGUUGCAACAGUGUUGGAGAAUCUGCCGCGCCACUCGUUAAUUGCUCCAACAAUAAUAAACAAAAAUGUGGAAAAAGGUAUUCGAUUUAGCCUGGAAAGGGGUGGAGAUGGAGUGUUCCGUAUUUCACCUUCAGGCCAGAUUCUCUUAGACCAUGAAUUAGACUUUGAAGAACAACAAGAAUAUAACCUCAAAGUCUACGUAACAGAUGGAACUUUCAAUGACACUGCUACACUGAAGGUCCAGGUUCUCAAUGUAAAUGACUGGGACCCACGUUUUCGAUACCCACAGUAUGAAUUCUUUGUGACUUCGACUACACUUAGACCUGGAGAUGGCGUUGGCAAUGUAGAAGUAGCUGACGGUGACAGGGGAGAUCAGAUCACUCUAACUGUCAUGGGACAGGAUGCAAAGAUGUUCACCAUAGGCAGUGAUGGUGAGCUUAGAAUCAGAGACCUAACAUCUCUCAAUUCAACAGAAGCUCACAUUGUUGUCUUUGCCAAGGAUUCAGGAAUUCCACCUAGAACUGCCUCUGCUCCUGUCACCAUCAAUUUCCCAGAUGGUCUUGUUCGUUCAUCGCCUCUUGGAGCUGGUUCAAGUUUUCUCCUCAUGGUCAUCUUUGGGGCUCUCCUUGGAGUUUUCAUUCUUGUAAUCAUUUGUCUAGCUAUUUACAUUCACAAAAACAAGAAAUACCGAGACGACAGUGAUGCAGCUCUACCAACAAAAAUGAGUCAGAUUGUAUCCAACAGCAUUCCACACACCAAGCUUGAUCCACUCUCACCUCUGAAUCAUCAGAUGCAGGGUAAUGGCAGACAGAUGACUCCCUUGGGAAGUCCUGUGCAACAAGAUGGACUCACAGGCAUUGAGCUCCCAUCUCCUGAGAAUAACAAUAAUCAAACUAUUAAUAAUAAUUAUAGUAAUGGCAGUAUCAGAGCCAGCACAAAUGGAUCAGCACAAGGCAGUCGCAGAUAUUUGAAGAAUCCCCUUGCCAAUGGAUCAUUUCCCGUUUCAUCCGCAAAUAUUCCUCCAACUCCAUCAGAGACUUCCAAUAAUGGAGGUGUUCCUGGCAGCUUUGGGGAUGGUUCAUCCCUUAAUGGAACUGUGAGAUCAUACUCAACUACAGCAUCCACUGCUUCACUUAGUGGAACACCAGAGCCUCCUGCACAUUCAUCCAAGUCAGCCACAGGGACUUUAAUAAAAGGUGGACUGAGAGGAAGUAAUCGUAGUUCUGCGUCACCAGGAAGUGGAAGUGCUAAAUCUAAAAGUGGAUCACCUGCUGGGUCUGCUAGGGCUGUUGGAGGUCUUCCUGCAAAUAAAGUGGGGCCUGCUCCUACACCUCCAAAUACUCCAUACUUUGAUGCUUCUUCUGCAGAUAGCCAGCCCAGUUCUUCUGGGUCUAAUCAGUCUAGUAAAGUUGCCUGGCCACAUGGAUCAAUUCCAAAGAGAGUUAAAAAACUCUCUUGGGAAGAUGAACUUAGUAACAAGACUGAAUUAGAUCCUGAAGUCAGUGUUACCCCAAUGCCUCAGUCAUCCGGUUCAGAUACUCCAAACCUUACCGUCUACUUUUAACAAUAAGUAAAUUAGCAUUUUAUGUUAUCACUUUUUUUUCAUUUUUUUACUCAAAAUCAACAAUAACUGUUAACUAAUGUACUUUUGUACCUGCAAGUCAUUUUGGAGUCUUCCUGUAGGUUGUACUGUAUCUUAAAUACUAAUUAAUAAAUAAUUCAGCAUAUCACUAUGUUAAUUUACAGCAGGGAGACAAGAAUUAUUUGCUAAGUACAGUAUAUCCAAGAAGAUUACCUGUAUACUGUAUUCAGUAAAAAUGUACUGUUGUUUUGGUGCCUAUGAGUUAAAAGCUUUCAAGACUAUUGAAAUACAGGCGGUCCCCGGGUUACGACGGGUCCGGCUUACGACGUUCCGAGGUUACGACGCUUUUUCUUAAAUAUUCAUUGAAAAAUCCGUCCUGGGUUAUGACGCUUGUUCCGAGGUUACGACGCUGACGCUUCCGACGCUCCAAGUUUACGACGCUUUUAAAAAACACAUACUAUGAUAAGAUAAGAAUCCUUUAUAGUUUAGCACAGUUUCUCUCUCUCUCUCUCUCUCUGUAUUUUCCAACGAAAAUAAUCAUUAUAAUUCUCUCUCUCUCUCUCUCUCUAUACUACAAAGACGUAUGUUUUUUAGUAUGAU